AUGACCAACUCCACCCAAACUUCUGGCAUCACGGGGAUAGUUGACCAGAAAAUGGGCAAACAAUUUCAUGAAGAGGCUCGCCAGAGCGCGUUCAUGCACAGUGUUCUCCUCCGAAAUGCCUCGGAAGAGGGAGAGUACAACAAUGAGCCGGGCGGUGCUCUUCUUGAAAGUGGCUCACUUGCCAGUAACAUAAGCCAACCUCAGAACAAAGCUUCGUCCGACUUGAACCCUACAACUUCCCCUUGGGUUCCCGAAGGAGUCAUAGCUAGGGAAGCCAAUAAGGUUAAUCCCCUUCAAUCAGCCUGGCCCCAGAUGUUGGCCAAGAUGAACGAAAACACACAUUCGGUCGCCGGUAUGGCUUCGAAGAAUUGCAAGACCCAUCAAGACCAAUACAAUGGCACAGUGACUACUCAGACGUACUCUGAUACUCCCACAGAUUGGAUCAAUCUGACUCUUUACAACAACAGCCUUGCUGUGCCCGCCUUCCAACUCGACCCUGGUACCUGCGACGCGGCUGGUAUAAACCCAGCUUACACAAGCACCCACGUUCCGCAAGAAUGCCAAGCUCUCACUCAGCAGAAAGGGUCAAUUUGGACUAACACUGUAGUUAACGGUCAUCAACUCAGUGGCAGUGCUUCGAUGGGAGAUCUUGUCCGCCAGACUCCUGUUCGUCAGAUGAAAGGAGCUAGUCUUCAGAACUCCAAUGAAGCCGGAGAAAUGAUGAAUUCUGGGGGAGUUCUGAGCCCUGGGGACGGCACACCCAAGGCUUCGAAUCAUGGAUUGAUGACUGAACCGCGCAAUUUUGCCCCCCGUGCCUCCUUCAAUGGAACUCAACUUGAGGCUCCACCCAAGUUCGACCUGGGAAAGGGCAAGGACGAAAACCAUACAUUUGUCACUGAGUCUAAUGACCCCUUUAUUACCCAAAAUUCUCUGGGCAGCUCAGUUGAAUUGCACCAGUUCGGACCUCAAACUAGCAAUACGAACUUGAUUUUGACGGGCCAGGUUUCUGUUAGUGCUCCUAUUGGCAAAGCUGUCAAUUAUGGCAAUCUCGACCAUAAAGACCAGUCUUUCAACAUUACUGGAGCCUACACUCAGCCGCCUCUCAGCAAUGGUUUGCAGUUUCAGAGUGUCCAGGGAAUCCCUCUUCAGGACGGAUCUGGCAAUGGCGAUGGAGGUAUUACUGGUCAGCAGGGAGAUGGAUCGAUAAGUACUGAACCUAUUGUUGCACAGAAUGGAACAGUCGUUCCUUACCAAGUCAACUAUUCCUCUGCGCUUAUCACCACUCCCCACGGCGCCCCAAUUCCUGAAUACAUUCGCGCCCAGCGAUCUCCUGAGCUUAAUCGUCUGACAGCUACCACAACGGGCCUCCCUACUGUUGACACAGCCUUGCAUCAAGCCAAUUUUCCUUUCAUUGAACCCGCUAGCCGCUCUCGCACUGUCAUGAUUCGUGGCGUUGUCAAGAUUGGCAAUAUCCCUUUCGUCACCAACCGUGCUGAGAUCAUCGCUGUUCUCGGUCGUAACUCUCGCAUCCUCAACGACAGUGAGGAACCUGUUCACAUUAUCAUGGAGCGUGUCACUGGCAAGACCACCGACGCUUAUGUCGAAUUCCAGACCCUGGAGGACGCUACAAAGGCUGUUGAAAAGCACCAGCAGAACAUCAACCGUGGCAGAAUCACGCGUAUCGGCCAGCGACCUGUGGAGAUCGAGCUUUCCAGCCAAGCUGCUCUCAUGAAAGACCUGUUUCCCUCGGCUCGAGGUGUCUUCUGGAACGGAUGUAACCCUCAAGUGCUUCCUCACAACGCUGAGGAACCUUGGGAAAACUUCAAGGGCUUUGUCUCCAUCGAGGAGAUGACCAUGCUUGUCAAGCAUGUGGAAGUUCCUCAUCGAUCCCCGUUCUCCAAGGAGUGCCCCCAGCGACCAUUCGAAUGUGUCAUCAGCACUCUCACAAAGUUCCCUUGGCAUAUGAAGUCACACAUUACGGUACAGCAGCGUCACGCCGUGCACAAGGCUACUUGCGACCUCCUCCGUAUCCUAGUUGGUAGCAUUCGUGACCGCCGCGAUGAGGUGAACCUCACGCAGCGCCUCCUAAAGCGCGUGGUUGGCGCGGCGAUGCGGUGCGAGGGCUUUUCAACUGCGCAAAAGGACGACAUUGCCUAUCUUGUAGGCAUGGAUGAGAUGGAGCAGAGAGCAUUCGGCCAGCCACGCUUUGCAGAGAGCUGGCGCCACCUUUACGUGCUUGUGCCCAAGACCGGCGUUCCCCUGGACUGGUACAUCGCUGUCAUCCGCGAGGAGACCAGUCGCUUUCUCGAAACGCAACCAUUCCAAGAGAAGUCUCAGACCCGCGCUAUCGGCGACGCCACAGAUGGUUAUUUCGGUUAUUUCUGGCGUGAGCUGAACCACCACGCCGGCCCCGCCUUUGAUAGUGUGACCCUCUCUCAGCUUGCUAUGCACGAAUACCAGACAAUGGAGUCGAUCAUUCGUCGCGCUCUGACCAUUACCAACGUCCAUUAA